UCUCCGCUGCCCGUGUGGAAGAGAGUGCUCGCUAUAUACAAGAAGGUGCACAAAGAGACAGUUCCAGAGGAGAAGGUACGCGCGCUUGGGCUUGCAGUGCUCAGAACACAGCGCGGAGAGCAGGCUCUUGUGGAGGCCACGUCGCAGUACGUGCAGAGCAUGCGCACGGGCGUGCACGACUUUGUGUAUGCACAGGCACUUCUGUCCGCGCUGCAGACCCUUCCAGAGAGCAGCGAGACAGUGCAUGCGAUAGAGAAGCUGUGCAUAUACGCGCUGACAGAGAAGGCAUGCACAGUGCACUCCCUGAGAGGCGUGGGGAUCGCGCGACUGCCCAAGGAGAGGCUUUUGUCUGUGCUUGGAAAGAUUCGCCCAGAGAAGAUCAACCUCCAUGCGUUUACGCCAGUGGCAAAGCAGGCAGUGCGCGCGCUAAAAGACGCGCCAGAGAGCCUGGCUGCGCUGGAGACAUACAUGGGCACAGUUCUGGCAGCGCGGCACCACAGCGGGCUAAAGGGAGUUCUGCUGCAUGUUACUGCAACACUGCACCCAGAGAAGGCGCAGAAGCCUGUGAGGGCGCCAAGAAGGCCAAGAGAAGCACCGCAGGAGGAAAAUACAUCACAGCCAGCAGCUACAGAAGAGAGUACUCUGUAG